GCAGCAGGACUCUGAGGGGAGAGAGGAGAGAGGAGCGGACACACUGAGAGACUUUCCUGGGAAACCUGCAGCUGCUGGACACGGACUCAUUCAUCUCUACAUAUACGGAGCUCCCCUCACCAGCUGCCCUGUGUGGCCUACUUUUUUAGUCCCCAAUGCCAGAGAUGGCUCAGAGGAGUGGGCAGGAGGACCCAGAGCGGUACCUCUUUGUGGACCGGGCCGUGGUCUAUAACCCGGCCACGCAGGCCGACUGGACUGCCAAGAAGCUGGUGUGGGUUCCAUCUGAAAGGCACGGGUUCGAGGCGGCCAGUAUUCGAGAGGAGCGAGGCGAGGAGGUGCUGGUGGAGCUCGCCGAGAAUGGGAAGAAAGCUCUGGUGAACAAAGAUGACAUUCAGAAGAUGAACCCACCCAAGUUCAGUAAAGUGGAGGACAUGGCCGAGCUCACCUGCCUUAACGAAGCCUCGGUUCUCCACAACCUGAAGGACCGAUACUACUCUGGACUAAUCUACACGUAUUCCGGACUUUUCUGCGUGGUGAUAAACCCGUACAAAAACCUGCCCAUUUACUCAGAAAACAUCAUUGAGAUGUAUCGUGGGAAGAAGAGGCAUGAAAUGCCACCGCACAUCUAUGCCAUCUCUGAAUCAGCCUACAGGUGCAUGCUGCAGGACCGUGAGGACCAGUCCAUCCUGUGCACAGGUGAAUCUGGAGCAGGAAAAACUGAAAACACUAAAAAAGUGAUCCAGUAUCUGGCACAUGUCGCUUCCUCACACAAAGGAAGGAAGGACCACAACAUUCCUCCAGAGUCUCCUAAAGCUGUCAAACUCCAGAACGCCAUCCUGCUGUAUGGUGAGUUGGAGAGACAGCUGCUGCAGGCGAAUCCUAUCCUGGAGUCAUUCGGUAACGCCAAGACAGUGAAGAACGACAAUUCCUCACGUUUCGGGAAGUUUAUCAGGAUCAAUUUUGAUGUGACGGGGUACAUUGUGGGAGCCAACAUCGAGACCUAUCUUCUGGAGAAAUCCAGAGCUAUUCGUCAGGCUAAAGACGAGAGAACGUUCCACAUCUUCUACCAGCUGCUGGCUGGAGCAGGAGAACAUCUGAGAUCUGAUCUCCUGCUGGAGGGUUUCAAUAAUUACCGCUUCCUUUCCAAUGGAAACAUUCCCAUUCCUGGCCAACAGGACAAAGACAACUUCCAGGAGACCAUGGAGGCCAUGCACAUCAUGAGCUUCUCACAUGAAGAGAUCUUAUCCAUGUUGAAGGUGGUGUCGGCUGUGAUGCAGUUCGGCAACAUCAUGUUUAAGAAGGAGAGAAACACAGACCAGGCUUCUAUGCCCGAGAACACAGCUGCCCAAAAGUUAUGUCAUCUGUUAGGGAUGAGUGUGAUGGAGUUCACUCGCGCCAUCUUGACCCCCAGGAUUAAAGUGGGACGAGACUACGUUCAGAAAGCACAAACUAAAGAACAGGCUGAUUUUGCAGUUGAAGCUCUGGCCAAAGCAACUUACGAGCGUCUUUUCCGCUGGCUGGUCCACCGAAUAAACAAAGCACUGGACCGAACCAAGCGACAGGGAGCCUCGUUUAUCGGCAUCCUGGACAUCGCCGGAUUCGAGAUCUUCCAGUUAAACUCGUUUGAGCAGCUGUGUAUUAAUUACACUAACGAGAAGCUGCAGCAGCUCUUCAACCACACCAUGUUCAUCCUGGAGCAGGAGGAGUAUCAGCGUGAAGGCAUCGAGUGGAGCUUCAUCGACUUUGGUCUCGACCUGCAGCCCUGCAUCGACCUCAUCGAGAGACCCGCAAAUCCCCCAGGUGUUCUGGCUCUCCUGGAUGAGGAGUGUUGGUUCCCCAAAGCUACAGAUAAGACGUUUGUGGAUAAGCUGGUGCAGGAACAGGGUUCUCACGCCAAGUUCCAGAAACCACGUCAGCUCAAAGACAAAGCCGACUUCUGCAUCAUCCACUACGCAGGGAGGGUGGAUUAUAAAGCAGAUGAGUGGUUGAUGAAGAACAUGGAUCCUCUGAAUGAUAACGUGGCGACGCUGCUACACCAGUCCACUGAUAAAUUUGUAGCUGAGCUUUGGAAAGACGUGGACCGUAUUGUUGGGCUGGAUCAGGUGGCUGGAAUGAAUGAAACUGCGUUCGGAGCGACGUACAAGACGAAGAAGGGAAUGUUCCGGACUGUCGGCCAGCUUUACAAAGAGUCUCUGACCAAGCUGAUGGCCACGCUGAGGAACACCAACCCCAACUUCGUCCGCUGCAUCAUCCCCAACCAUGAGAAGAGGGCAGGUAAACUGGAACCUCACCUAGUUCUGGAUCAGCUCAGGUGUAAUGGUGUGUUGGAGGGAAUCAGGAUCUGCAGACAGGGCUUCCCUAACCGCAUCAUCUUCCAGGAGUUCAGACAGAGAUAUGAGAUCCUCACUCCUAACGCCAUCCCAAAGGGCUUCAUGGACGGUAAACAGGCGUGUGAGCGAAUGAUCCAGGCCCUUGAGUUGGAUCCGAACCUGUACCGGAUCGGUCAGAGUAAGAUAUUUUUCCGGACAGGCGUUCUGGCUCACCUGGAGGAGGAGCGCGACCUGAAAAUCACCGACAUCAUCAUUUACUUCCAGGCCGUGUGUCGAGGAUACCUGGCUCGCAAAGCCUUUGCAAAGAAGCAGCAGCAGCUGAGUGCUCUGAAAGUUCUCCAGAGGAACUGUGCUGCUUAUCUUAAACUGCGCCACUGGCAGUGGUGGAGACUCUUCACCAAGGUGAAGCCUCUGCUCCAGGUGACCCGUCAGGAGGAGGAAAUGCAGGCGAAGGAGGAGGAGCUGGUGAAGGUGAAGGAGAGACAGGUGAAGGUGGAGAACGAAUUGGUGGAAAUGGAGAGGAAGCACCAGCAGCUGAUGGAGGAGAAGAACAUCCUGGCAGAGCAGCUGCAGGCCGAAACGGAGCUGUUUGCUGAGGCUGAGGAGAUGAGAGCUCGGUUAGUGGCGAAGAAGCAGGAGCUGGAAGAGAUCCUACAUGACCUGGAGUCUCGUGUAGAGGAGGAGGAGGAGCGCAACCAGACACUGCAGAACGAGAAGAAGAAGAUGCAGUCACACAUUCAGGACCUGGAGGAGCAGCUGGAUGAAGAAGAAGCUGCUCGACAGAAGUUGCAGCUAGAGAAAGUAACUGCAGAAGCCAAAAUUAAAAAAAUGGAGGAGGAUCUGCUGCUACUAGAGGACCAAAACUCUAAAUUCCUUAAGGAGAAGAAGCUGUUGGAGGAGCGGGUAGGUGAGAUGACAUCUUUAUUGGCAGAGGAAGAAGAGAAGGCGAAGAACCUAGGCAAGGUGAAGAACAAGCAGGAGAUGAUGAUGGUUGACCUGGAAGAGCGUCUGAAAAAGGAGGAGAAGACUCGUCAGGAGCUGGAGAAGGCCAAGAGGAAGCUGGAUGGAGAGACGACAGACCUGCAAGAACAAAUUGCUGAACUUCAGGCUCAGAUCGAUGAGCUCAAAGUGCAACUGGCCAAAAAGGAGGAGGAACUACAGGCUGUGCUGACCAGGGGAGAUGAGGAGGUUGCACAGAAGAACAAUGCUCUGAAGCAGGUGAGGGAGCUUCAGGCUCAGCUGGCCGAGCUUCAGGAAGAUCUGGAGUCGGAGAAGACGGCUCGGAAUAAAGCAGAGAAGCUGAAGCGUGAUCUGAGCGAGGAGUUGGAAGCUCUGAAGACCGAACUGGAGGAUACGCUGGACACCACUGCAGCUCAGCAGGAGCUCAGGACUAAGAGAGAACAGGAAGUGGCUGAGCUGAAGAAGGCCAUCGAUGAAGAAGCUCGGAAUCACGAGUCUCAAAUUCAGGAGAUGCGUCAGAGACAUGGUACAGCUCUGGAGGAAGUCUCUGAACAACUGGAGCAGGCCAAGAGGUUUAAGCUGAACCUGGAGAAGAGUAAGCAGACUCUGGAGGGGGAUAAUAAGGAGCUGAGUAGUGAGGUGAAGGUGCUGCAGCAGGCCAAACUGGAAUCUGAACACAAACGCAAAAAACUGGAGUCUCAGCUGCAGGAGGUCCUCACUCGAGUCACUGAGGGGGAGAGGAACAAAGCUGAACUGUCUGAGCGUGCACACAAACUACAGACUGAGUUGGAGAACGUGUCUGCUCUGUUGGAGGAUGCUGAGAAAAAGGGGAUCAAACUGGCUAAAGAUACAUCAAGUCUCGAGAGCCAGUUACAGGACACACAGGAGCUGCUCCAGGAGGAAACUCGUCAGAAGCUGAAUUUAAGCAGCAGGAUUAGACAGCUAGAGGAGGAGAAGAACAACCUGCAGGAGCAGCAGGAGGAAGAGGAGGAGGCACGCAAAAACCUGGAAAAACAACUGGCAACCCUACAGGCACAGCUGUGUGAGACUAAGAAGAAGCUGGAGGAUGAUGUGGGUGUGGUGGAGGGUCUGGAAGAGGUGAAGCGAAAGCUGCAGAAGGACAUGGAGGCGUGUAACACGCGGCUGGAGGAGAAGGUUCUGGCCUUUGAUAAACUGGAGAAAACAAAGACUCGCCUGCAGCAGGAGCUGGAUGACCUCACGGUUGAUCUGGACCACCAGAGGCAGAUCGUCUCUAACCUGGAGAAGAAACAGAAGAAAUUUGACCAGAUGCUGGCGGAGGAGAAGAGCAUUUCUGCGCGUUACGCGGAGGAGCGAGACCGAGCGGAAGCCGAGGCGAGGGAGAAGGAGACGAAGGCGCUGUCAUUGGCCCGAGCGCUGGAUGAAGCUCUCGAGGCUAAAGAGGAAUUUGAGAGACUGAACAAGCAGCUGCGUGCUGAGAUGGAGGAUCUGAUGAGCUCGAAAGAUGACGUGGGCAAAAUGUGCGUGCACGAGCUAGAGAAGUCGAAGCGCACGUUGGAGCAGCAGGUGGAGGAGAUGCGCACUCAGCUGGAGGAGCUGGAAGACGAGCUGCAGGCCACUGAAGACGCCAAACUGCGCUUAGAAGUAAACAUGCAGGCCAUGAAGGCACAGUUUGAACGCGACCUGCAGGCCAGAGACGAGCAAAACGAUGAGAAGAAGAGACUUCUGGUUAAGCAGGUGCGUGAGAUGGAGGCGGAGCUAGAAGACGAGAGGAAACAGAGAGCUCUCGCAGUGGCUGCAAAGAAGAAGAUGGAAAUGGACCUCAAGGACCUGGAGGCUCAGAUUGAGGCGUCAAAUAAAGCUCGAGACGAGGCCAUCAAACAGCUCCGUAAACUCCAGGCUCAGAUGAAGGAUUAUCAGAGGGAGCUGGAGGAAGCUCGUACAUCACGGGAUGAAAUCUUCGCCCAGUCCAAAGAGAACGAGAAGAAGCUCAAGAGCCUUGAGGCUGAGGUCCUGCAGCUGCAAGAGGACCUGGCUGCGUCAGAGAGAGCACGGCGUCACGCUGAGCAGGAGCGAGAUGAACUGGCUGAUGAGAUCUCCAACAGCGCCUCCGGAAAGUCUGCUCUGAUGGAUGAGAAGAGGAGGUUGGAGGCUCGUAUCGCUCAGUUGGAAGAAGAACUGGAAGAGGAGCAGAGCAACAUGGAGCUGCUUAAUGAUCGCUUCCGCAAAACAGCCAUGCAGGUGGACACCCUGAGCACAGAACUAUCAGGCGAGCGUAGUGCGGCUCAGAAGAGUGAGACGGCUCGACAGCAGCUGGAGAGACAGAAUAAAGACCUGAAGGCCAAACUGCAGGAGCUGGAAGGCUCCGUUAAAUCCAAGUUUAAGUCCACUAUCGCCGCCCUGGAGGCCAAAAUCCUGCAGCUGGAGGAACAGCUUGAGCAGGAGGCGAAGGAGCGUGCAGCGGCCAAUAAGAUUGUGAGACGCACUGAGAAGAAACUGAAAGAAGUGUUCAUGCAGGUGGAAGAUGAGCGUCGCCAUGCCGACCAGUACAAAGAACAGAUGGAGAAGGCUAACUCGCGUAUGAAGCAGCUGAAGCGUCAGUUGGAGGAGGCGGAGGAAGAAGCGACACGGGCUAAUGCCUCCCGCAGGAAGUUACAGAGAGAGCUGGAGGAUGCCACAGAGGCCAGCGAGGGUCUCAGCCGAGAGGUUAACACACUCAAGAACCGCCUCAGGCGUGGGGGUCCAGUGGGCUUCCCCUCUGGCCGUUCGGGUCGUAGGCAGCUCCAGAUGGAGGGUGAGUUCUCAGAUGAUGACGCUGACAAAAUGAGCGAAGCGAAUGAGACACAGCCCCCAGCGAGCGAAUAGAGGGAACACACAAACUCCACCCCCUGCCCUGCCCACUCCUCCCUACUGCUCUCCUGCACCCUCCUGUGGUCCUGCAAUGACAUUACAGCCUCCAAUUCAUCUCUCACACACACACACACACACACACACACACACACACACACACACUAUAUUACAUUCUCAAAGCAAGAGCACCUCAGUUAGCAUGACUGACUGAUUCUCACAUACACACACACACUCGCACACAGUGUACGAAGGGAAACUAAUGUAAUAUGAAGGAUUUACUGGAACACAUUGUAUAUGAAUGUUAUAAUCUAGAUAUUAAUCUGGAAUUGAUCUUUCUCUCCCUCACACACACACACACACACACACACUCUCUCUCUCUCUCUCUCUCUCUCUCUAUCAUUCAUUUCAUAUCAGGUCUCAAGUGUUCUGGCUGCUCAUAACAUGAACACUAUGUAUAAAUCACUGCAUUUUACACUCGUUCUACAUCAAAGUCCAAAUGACAGUAACUCCAUCGCUUUUAUAUCAUUCAGCAAACGAAAACACACACACACACACACACCUACCUGCCUCUGUGUGUGUGUCUGAGAGAGAUGUAUGAGAGUGAUGCAUGGACUGCUUGAAUGUUUGUUUUCAAAAGACACUACAAAAAUCAAUACUACACACACACACACACACACACACACACAGAGGAGAAGCCUGUAAAGAUCAGCUGACUGGAAUCGCAACCUAAACUGUGACGUAACGUUAGCUUAGACGUUAGCGUAUCUCAAUUCCAUUCGGCUUUGGAAAUGAAAAUGUGAGCACUGGUACAGUGUUUUUGGGAGAAUUGGGUGAAAACGUGUGGGAGAUUAUUUUGGUGAAAUGUUUUUAAACUGCACAUGUUGGUAAAAGCCAUACACAAGUGGAACAAAACGAGCUAACGGGAGGGGAAGUGUAUCAUCUCAGAAACGUGACCGCCACGUGUCAGGGACCUUUUCCCUUAAAGUAAUAAACCGCUGCUUGUCCUUGUUUAAGUGAUGAUGAAGGAAUUCCUGAUGAAGGACUGUGAUAUAAUCAGACUGGAACACUAACGUGAUGAUUAUCAGACACUCGGAUUCGUUAGCGAUUAGCACGUUACAGAUUAGCCUGGAGUAAUGAAGCCACUACGACACAUCAGUAUUACACACACACACACACACACACACACCAGGUUGUUUACACAUGUCCACACACUAAUUUGGGAAGAGGGAAAUUUGGCCUUAUUUCAAUCCUGUACAAACGUCUAAUUGAGUUGUAUUUGAGUUGUGAGGUCACUAUCAGUUCAGCACUAAUCAUUCCAUCUAUCUUUCAUUGCACUUAUUCCAUUCUUUCUUUUUUUCUCUUCUCUAUUCCUUCCUUUUCUUUCUCACUCACCUCAGAAUACUCAUAAUAAUACUGCAUCAUUAAUCAUCUACAGACCCCACCCCCAGGCUACAAACCACACCCCCAAUACACUCUUUAUUAUUGUGUGAUUGCUCUUUUGCGUGUGUUUAUAACUAACUGUGACAUGAGCCUUCAUUCCCCAAGACGUGUUCACGUUAAACAGGAGGAAACGUCUCGCCCCGAGCAGGUCUCAAUAAUCAUCAUAAUCAUCUGCCUGGUCUCUGUGGACGUGUGUAAACAUCAGCGUUUGUUGGUAUAACUUUAAAAAGUGCCUUAGAGUCACUAAUGAAGAAUUAAAAGCUCCGCCCCCGGUGUGGGCAUGUCUCCAGGUGAUGAGUUUAAGGUGAAGGUGAACUGAUGUGGGAAUGAUAAUAAUAAUUAAACACUAUUUAACCUUUUUUUCUUUCUUUGGUUUGGUUUUUAUUGCGCUUCGCAUCAUAGCCGCUUUCUAUUCGCUCUUUUGUGGUGGUAAACCAGUUACAGUGUUUCUGCAGGAGCUCAGAUCCUCCUCACACCAUUCCGUUCAGGUUCACACCUCCUCCUCCUCCUCCUCCUCCCCCUGCAGCAAGUAUUAUCCUUAUUACUAUUAUAAUCAUUAUUGUUACUAUUAUCUCUUAUUAUUAUUAUGAUGAUGAUGAUGAUGAUGAUCAGACUGACUGUUUGGCUCUCAGACGCUCAGCUGCAGAUACGCUUUAAUCCUCUCCUUUAUUCCGUGCCCUUGUUUACCGUUACUGUAUUUCUAGACAAGUGAUUUUUUUUGUAAAGGAAAAACAAAUAAAGGCUUCAUUGUAGAAGAAAA